AUGCCAGAUUGGUACCCAAUCAAUUUGAAGGAUGGUGAGACAAUACGUAUAAGAGCAUCUUUGGUGGCACAUGUAGCAGAUAAUCCAGCUGCUCACCAAGCCAUUGGUUUGAAGGAAUCAGUGGGUGGUGCCCUCAGAAAGUGCAGGUUUUGUAAUGCUGAUAAUAAUGCCAUGCAAAAUGGAUUCAGAGAGGACGAUUUUGAGGCGCAAACACUCAAGAAGCAUUUAGAGCAAUGUAGUGUGAUCAGUGGAGCCACUCAGACCCUUAAGGACCACUACAGAACCAGUUACGGUAUUAACAGGAAAAGUAUCCCCACUGAGUUUCCACACUUCGAUAUGUUUAAACAAACUCCUCCAGGUGUUAUGCAUGUUUUCUUAGAGGGAGUUCUACCCCUAACAUUACAAGCUCUUAUAAAACAUUAUGUUGACACUAAAGUAACCAAUCUCGCAACAAUAAACAGUGCCAUUCAAAGUUUCCCAUAUAGUUACAUGGAAAUUACUGACAAGCCCAACUAUGUACGUGAAAAAGAUCUCCAUGGUUCCACAACUCUGAAUCAAGAUGCAGCAAAAUGUCAUUUACUCUUUUGCAUUUUUCCAUUCGUUGUUGGAGACAGUAUUAACUUUUCUGACAGCCACUGGGAGCUAUACACUUUGUUAAGUGACAUUACAGAAAUUUGCUUUGCAUCAGUUGUUAGCCUUGAAACCAUAGCACAGCUAAAGGAAAAUGUUGCUGAAUAUUUAAGACUCUUCAAGGAACUUUUUCCUGAACAGCCUUUUACUCUAAAGCAGCACUACCUUGUACAUUUUCCAAAAGUUAUACUUCUUCUUGGUCCACUGAUAAACUUGUGGGCCAUGCGUUUUGAAGCAAAACAUCAAUACUUCAAAGACCUUAAGAAAAUACUGAAUUUGAAGAACAUUUGUUUAUCCUUAUCCAAUCACCAUCAAAAGAAGGCAGCCAUGAAUCGCAGUGCUGCUUCAAUAUUUAAGGGUAACGAAUAUGGUCCUGUGCAACAUCCCAAAGGAGAAGAGUUGUCAAGAAUAAAGGAGAGGAUUUCUUCCACUCUUGCUCUUGAUCCAAAUUCAAUAAAUAAUGUGGAAUCAUUUAAAUGGAUUAAACUUCAUGGAACAAAAUAUAUAGAGGAUAAAUGCUAUUUGGCCAUCCAGUUUGAUGAUGUAGACCAUCCAGUUUUUGGACAACUGAGUGGGAUUUUUGAACUAAAUAUUUCGUUUGUUGUCUUUGAUGUAGUAUGUCUAGAAACAGUAGGAUAUGAUGAAACACUUAAAGCUUUUGAGGUUCGUCCACAAGCCUCAGGCAUUACUUCAAUCACGCCAGAUAUGCUAAUUACUCACACACCUUUGGCCAUGUACACAUAUCAUGGCUCUAGUUACAUUAAGUUGAAAGGCAGGAUUUCAGAUAUACAAAAUAACUAA